AUGGCAAGUUGGAAUCAUACAGGUGUGAAGGAAUUCUUUUUGGUAGGUUUGACUGAAAAUCGUAAUUUGCAGAUUCCUCUCUUUUUGCUUUUCUCCCUGAUUUAUUUAAUCACUCUACUAGGUAACUGGGGAAUGAUCAUCUUGAUCUGGCUUAAUACCCAGCUUCACACGCCAAUGUAUUUCUUUCUCAGCAACCUUUCUUUCUGUGAUAUUUGCUACUCCACUGUCUUUGCUCCUAAGAUGCUGGUGAAUUUCCUGUCCAAACUCAGGACCAGCACAUUCUAUGAAUGCAUUCUACAAAGUUUCUUUUUUGCGGUGUACGUAACUACGGAAGGCAUCCUCUUGUCUAUGAUGGCUUACGACCGCUAUGUAGCAAUAGCCAACCCCUUAUUGUACACAGUCAUAAUGACUCAGAGGGUCUGUAUUCAGAUGGUCCUGAUCUCAUACUUGGGUGGGCUCGUGAACUCUCUGACUCACACCGUAGGCUUGCUGAGGCUUGACUUCUGUGGUCCUAACACUGUGAACCAUUACUUCUGUGACAUCCCCCCACUUCUGAAACUCUCUUGUUCGGAUGCCCAUACCAACGAGAUGCUGCUUUUGAUUUUCUCCGCGGUCAUUGCCACGAUCACUUUCCUGAUCAUCAUGGUCUCCUACAUCCACAUCAUCACUGCCAUUCAGAGAAUCCGCUCGGCAGAAGGCAGGAGCAAGGCCUUCUCUACUUGUGCUUCUCACCUGACUGCUGUCACCUUGUUCUAUGGUUCUGUCACUUUUAGUUACAUCCAACCAAGCUCUCAGUAUUCCCUGGAACAAGAGAAGAUCUCGGCUGUGUUUUAUACAUUAGUGAUUCCCAUGCUAAAUCCAUUAAUUUAUAGCCUGAGGAAUAAGGACGUAAAAGAUGCAGCAAAAAGGACAAUAAUUUGGAAGAGAGCCUCCAUUUUGACUUAA